CAUGGGCUGCUGCUCCGGGCGCUGUACUCUGAUCUUCCUCUGCACGCUGCAGCUGUUAGCUGCGCUGGAGAGACAGAUCUUUGAUUUUCUUGGAUUCCAGUGGGCUCCAAUCCUUGGUAAUUUCCUGCACAUAAUAGUUGUCAUUUUGGGUUUGUUUGGAACCAUCCAAUACAGACCUCGAUAUAUAGUUGUGUACUCGGUAUGGACUGCUCUCUGGGUCACAUGGAAUGUUUUCAUUAUCUGCUUCUAUUUGGAAGUAGGCGGGCUUUCUAAGGAAACUGACCUCAUGACCUUUAACAUCUCAAUGCAUCGAUCCUGGUGGCGAGAACAUGGACCAGGCUGCAUACGAAGAGUGGUGCGUCCUUCAGCUCCUGGGAUCUUAGAUGAUUUUUCCUAUGUCUCCGUGACAGGCUGCAUCAUUGACUUCCAAUACCUAGAGGUCAUUCACAGUGCCAUCCAAAUACUACUCUCUUUGAUUGGUUUUGUUUACGCCUGUUACGUGAUCAGUGUGUUCAUGGAGGAAGAGGACAGCUUUGAUUUCAUAGGUGGACUUGACACAUACUCCUACCAACAAUCCCCCCAGGAACAUAUUGAGUUAAAACCCAUAAAGCUUGUCGAAAUAAGUGAUGAACACUGAUGAAGCAUUCCUGUUUUAACAGUAUUUUGCUGAGGAAUCCAAUUUUUCGAAGAAGGCACCAGUUCUGCGACACCCGUGUCAUAGAAGAGACACAUCAUGCAUUGAACCUGGACUGUGGAUUACUCUGCCAACAUGUGAUUGAAGAAUUCAGUCACAGCCUCAAAUUUCUUCUUAUUGUUGUUAGGUGGAUCCUUGUUAGAUGAUACUGAAUUUUCUUUUAAUUAUUCAUUUU